UUUUUUAUUAAUAUUACUUUUUCACUUACUAAUAAUGUAAUAGUGUAUUGAUUGUCAUUAUACUAUUGAUUGGGGACCCAAUUUAUCUUCCGAAAAAAAAAAAAAAAAAAUCAAGACCCAAUUUCCCUUUUUCCAUUUCUACCCCUCCUUGUUUCCCAUAAUUCUAUCCUUCCCUUCUCUGGCCGGAGAUAUAUCUCAGAGACUCAUCAUUUGUUUCUUGAGAAUUGACUGAGAAAGUAACUAGUCUUGGAUCGUUUCUCGACAAUUCUUGAGAAAAUUUAUAGAAGUAUUGAAUAUCAAAUGGGGACAGAAAACGCUUCGAACUCAACAUCUGAAGUUGGCGGUGGCGGCGAAAAUACCUAUUACGAGACCCAAGUUGCGUUGAAUGUGUACGAUCUCUCACCACUCAACCAGUACACCUUCUGGGUUGGUUUCGGAAUCUUUCAUUCUGGUAUUGAAGAUGUUUCAGCCUAUGGCAAGGAAUAUGGAUUUGGAGCCCAUGACUUCCCUGUUAGUGGAGUGUUCGAAGUGGAACCAAAGAGCUGCCCGGGUUUUAUCUUCAGAUGUUCCAUCCCACUGGGACGUAUAAGUAUGCCUCUCUCUGAAUUCCGGUUGUUUAUUGAGAGCAUUGCUCCUGAGUAUCACGGGGAUACUUAUCACCUCAUCUCCAAGAACUGCAACCAUUUUACAGAUGACCUCGCAAUGAGAUUGACAGGGAAGCGGAUCCCUGGGUGGGUGAAUCGGCUUGCUCGGCUAGGUGCUUUGUGCAGUUGCUUGCUACCUGAAAGCCUACAAGUAUCUGCUGUUAAACAGCUUCCUGAAUACCACGCAUGUACAGAAGAUGGGACCGACUCAAUUUCCACCCCCCUUGAGCCAUUGGAGAGUGAUGAUACAGAUCAAGAUAAGCGCCUUCUGCCACCAUCAGCUGGAACUUCGGAAGUUUCCUUCAUAAAAGAAGUCCAGAUGUGAAACUAAUCUGCCUUCUUGAAACUGACUUUGUCGGGGGUCUUGGGAAGUUGGAAGAGAAUCCCUUUUUGAUGUGAUAUUUCUUUUGAGAAAAAGGUUGCUUGAGGGAAGCACCCACUUCCCAUUGUUAAUGGGCAAAGCUGCCAUUCAUCAUUUGUCAGCGCUUAUAUAUUCACUAGUGUUUGUGCGAUUUGUUGUAGUUUUUCUUCCAUUCUUUUCGUGUUUGCACGAUUUGUUGUAGUUUUCCUUCCAUUUGAUUUUCCACUUCUUAUACUUUCUGUGUCUUUCAUUUCUAAAAAUUUUGGAAUUGAAGAAAUUGGAAGUUGAAAGAAGUGGAUUGUAAAUGAUGAUUUUGUAUGAUUUUUUGUGCAUUGGGCUGUAAGGAAUUGGAAAUGGCUUCUCCACGAUUAUAUUUUGUGAAUAAUUUUGAGUUUGGAAUUUCCUGGAUA